AUGCCAACUACUCGAGCUCCAACAAUUACCAUUCCAUCAAAAUCCAAUACCUCUCAACAAGUAUUUCAAGGUAAAUGUAACAAGUGUGGAGAAGAUGGACAUAAAUCAUAUGAUUGUAAGAAGAGUGAUCGCCCGGGGAAAAACUUACUUGUUCAAGGUGAUGAUGAACGUGAUGCAUAUUUAGAUCUUAUGGAGCCACCAAUAUUUGAUAAAGAACCCGACGAAGAAGUGGAAGAGGAGUUUCUCACCGGUGACCAAGGACCAUGGAGUUGUGAAAAUAUCGUUUCCGAAGAAGUGGUUCGCAAGUUGAAGUUAGAGACAAAAGAACAUACUUCUCCAUAUUCUUUAUCAUUGCUUAACCCAGGAAGCGAGGUAAAAAUCACUAAACGUUGUCUCAUUAAUUUUUCUAUUGGUGACAAAUAUGCCGACAAAGUUUGGUAUGAUGUUGUUUUGAUGGAUGCAUGUCAUUUACUUCUUGGGCGACCUUGGCAAUAUGAUCGGUUUGUGAAUCAUGAUGGGAGAACAAACAACUAUUUGUUCAUAUGGAGCAAUAAGAAGUUGACUCUUGUACCCAAUCGUGAGCUUAUGCCUAAGCCACAAAAUGGUGAUGGUAAAAAUAUACUUACUUAUCACAAGUUCAUAGAAGAGUUGGAUGAUUCAGAGGUUUUCUAUAUACUUCAUGUUAAAGAAUCUCCAUCGUAUGAUUUUGUGCCACCGCUAAUCAAGCCAAUUAUCGAAGAAUUUCAAGACGUUUUUCCUACCGACUUACCGAAUGUAUUACCACCAUUAAGAGAUGUGCAACACCAAAUAGAUCUAGUACCCGGUUCAAGUCUUCCUAGAAAAGCCCACUACCGGAUGAGUCCCAAAGAACAUGAAGAAUUACGGCGCCAAGUUGAAGAGCUUAUUUCCAAAGGUUUUAUAAGACCGAGUCUUAGCCCUUGUGCGGUACCGGCCUUGUUAGUACCAAAGAAAGAUGGUUCAUGGCGUAUGUGUGUGGAUAGUCGGGCAAUCAAUAGAAUCACAUUGAAGUACCGAUUUCCAAUUCCUCGUUUUGGAUGA